UCAAAUAAAGAAUUACUUACUUACUUUAAUUUAAUUUUUAUAUUAUUAAUGAGUUUAUAUUUAUACAAUCAAAUAUCUAAUUACUUGACAAAUACAAUUUUACAAUUAUUGUUAAAGAAUUUUAAAAAUGGCUUUCUAUAACGAAAAUAUUGGGAAUCGCAUAUUGGAACUAUUGAGCUUCCCCCUGUUCGAUCGAUGCCAUGAAUUGAAUAUAUUAUUUGAUCGCUGUAAUCUGCGUGAGCUGCAGGAACUUUUUCCCACCAUAGUAAAGUCGGUGUUUGGCAUUGGCACCGGUGGCUUGGGCUGGGGACUGCGAACAACAACCAAAGAAAACUCCGCACCAUGUUUCGAUAUUUUGUACAAUUUCUUUUCACCCAUGGGACCAAUGUUUCGUUUAUGUUAUAAUUUAUUAAAUGAUCAAAUCAAGUUUGAAAUGUCUUUGGAGCAUUUGCCGCACAAAUUGGUGGAGUUAAUACACUCGGGCCAGUAUUCCAUGUUCUAUGCAGAUUUAGUCAAUAUAGAUCCCUUUCGCAGGCAGGUGACUUCCUUGAGUUUGAAUGCCUUCGACUACUACAUGUUGCAUUUUGUUAUACAUGCCACAUUUCCAUUGCAUAAAAUGUAUCCGGCUGCAUUGCAAGUACACAACGAACGCAUGAAGACUGUGUAUUUUUUCUUAACAGCCGAAUAUCUGUGUAAUUUCCUGCCCAGCCGACCAGAUGCCAUGGUUAUGCCCAGCAAUAUUUGUACCAGCGUCAAGGCUCCCCAGCCAAUGCCGGUACAGCAAUUGCAGCCAAAACGUUCACCAAAAUAUUUAAAAAUACCCCAAACAAAUCAGUCAUUGUAUGGUUCGGGUUCGAAUAAUAUGACACAGAUGAAUCAGCGGAGCAGCGAGGCUUCGCCCAGGGCCCAUGCAUGGCGUACAGAAUCAGUUUUGCAUUUCUUUAUUGAUACCUGGUUGAGGUAUGAUGUGGAUGAGGCAAGGGAUCUUCCAAGCAGUGAAUUUAUACGGGUUGUUCGAAUACUUAUAAAGCAGACUCAUUCCUUUGCGAACUCAGCCAGUUUAGAUCAAACUGCAAUGGCCACGUUGCGUAAAAUUGCCCAGCCCAUGAUGAGGCCGCGAAUAUAUCCCUUUAUUAAGAGUAUAAUUGGCCGAUGGCCCCUGGAUAGUUCAAUGUCGGUGGUAUUGGAAUUAUGGCUUAGCUAUAUUCAGCCCUGGCGUUAUACCUUUGAAUGGCAAAACAAUAGUGGAAACAAUAUAGAGGUACCCAUAAACAGCCGAUUUGAUACGUUUAUAGCCGAUAAUUUAGUCAUAUAUACACAAAUAUUUGUACACAUCCUACCAAGAUUUGAGAGAUUAGAUUUUACAUCACUGCGUAAUGUUAUUAUGUUACAUCGUUUGGUUAAGGUUUUCAGUCAAUCGACAUUGCCGCAAAAACUCUACAAUGCCGAAAAAUCAUAUGCCGGCAAUACAAUUGGUUUUGUGGAUUCACCAAGAAAACACAGCACUUUCCUAAGCUCAAAUUCUUCUGUUGAAUGGGAUGGUAGUUUUUACCAUGAAGAUGUCUAUACACCCAUGUUUGGUUCGGCCAUAAAAUGUGAAAUAGAACAAUUUAUCAAGACGGUGCACAUAUCACGCAUGUAUGUGGGCCAAGAGAUUAAUGCCAUACGACGCGAACAAAUGGAACGACGUAACUCGUUGGGAUUCUUUAGAAAAGUGUUUAGCAGUGUGUUUAGUGAUACCAGUCCGGCGGAAUUGAAAUUGCAGGAGAUUAGCAAAAUACCAGACAUACUGGACUUGGCAGUUCGUUCGUUGAGUCAAAUGUUUAAUGUUGAACUGCCCAAUAUAUCCAUGGAACAAUUGGAACCUGUUGUGGGCCAAAGUUUCUCAAAGAGCCUUAAUUUCUCCAUCUAUGACAACAGCGACUAUUUGGAUAUAUCACGGGUCUCUCCUCUGCAAAUGAUGAAUAAUUUGGCCCAUAUGAAGUCAUGCAUAGAUCCCACCACCGUACCCAUACAAACACAUGAAUGUACGGUGUUGGUGCGAUUAUUGCAUCAAGUUUCCUGUGCGCUAAAUGGCAAGUUUGGUGAGCAGUUCCACAAAUUCUGGAAUCGUCCGGAUUUUUUGGGCAAAAUAUCACAUCAAUUGUUAUAUCCUCCCAUGACGGCCCAGUGGUUCGAAAAACCCAGAGUCUCGGCAUGUGUUUCAGGUGUUAGCGAACUGUGUGAGGAGGACAUACCAGCCCGUGUAUGUUUGCGAUUUCUGGGCUCAUAUCGUACCUUGGCUCUCAUAGCUCUGGCUAUGCUAAUAGGUUAUAUAUUUUGGGGCUCAGCCUCGUAUGGUGUUAUUGCAUUAUUUUUUAUGUCACUUGUAUAUGUUUUGAUAAUGGCUCUCAUAUCAUAGUAAUAUUAUUAUUAUUAUUAUAAUUUUGGACGAUAUUUAAUAAAAAAAGAAAUGAAGAGAGCACGUUGUGUUUCUGUGUAAGAUAAAUGAAAGAA